AGGCACCAAUCUCCGUGGGACGCGGUACACAGGUCGUCCACGGCUUCAAACACGCUUGCUAUAGGACCGGUCCUAGCCAUGUCUUCGUUCAAUGUCACCGGCUCCUCAGCGGGGGUAUUUACGUCGAGUGUCUCUCUGCCCGGCGCGGCCAGUUCUUCUGUCUUUCCCCCCUCUUCCGUCGUUGCCUCCUCUGUGUCGUCGGUCGCCGCCGCCGCUAGCUCGAGCGUCGCCUCUGGCAGCUCGGCUUUCAGCGCACGCCCAGAGAGCUCGGCAGUUCGGUCUUCAACGGGCGCCGCUAGCGUGUCCUCUGCGCCGCUUGAACUGUCAUCCGUGGACAGUUUGACCCCGUCAUUGUCGCCGGUAGCCGCGUCGAGCAGUGUAAUCCCCGCAUCCUCCGCUAUCUCUUCGAGCGCGUUCUCUUCUGUUAUCACCUCCGCGCCGGUGGUGUCGCGGCCUGCGGCUCUCCCCCCACUUCCUGCACCUGUGUCCUCGACAGUCGCGGACAACAGGGUCACCUCUGUACCCUCGGUUGCGUCGUCUGCUUCGGCCUUCCCAUCCUCCGUCAUUUCAGUUCACGCCUCUCCGUCCGUGUCGAGCACCCUUCCUGACAAGGUCGUUUCGUCGGCAGCCAGUGCACAUUCGUCUGCUGCACGGAGCUCUGUCACUCAGCCAGUUGCUGCGCGCAUAUCACCAGCUGUCGCAUCUGGGUCUUCAGUCAUGGCUUCCCAACAAUCACCCACGGACGCCGCACCCAGCAGCGAUACUGCACCGAUCAGCGCAUCCGCGACGGGAUCGGCCUCAGCUUCCCAGGCGUCGUCCGCGCCAGCUUCGGAGACCCCUGCAGGCAACGACCCGGCUCCGCCUCCUCCGACGUCGGCGAAGUUGUCGGUAUCGCAAGCUGCUUCUACUCCCGCCUCUUCGCCGGAUGCUGGUACCUCAGUAGCGCCCACUCAGCCGCCUGCUCGCUCUGCUUCUGCUUCUGUCUCUGUCUCUGCUUCGCAUCCUGCUGAUACCGAGAGUGCCGCGCCUGCUCCUGCGCCCGCACCAGCACCGGCCCCGGCAAGCUCCGCGACUCAGGCCAGCGCGAGCACCGCAAACUCAAACCCGACAUCGGUCCAUGCGGCGAAUGCACAGACCGACCAGGCUUCCGCGACGACGACGAGCACAAUCACGGACCAGCCGGAGACGACGCUGAGUACGCCGUUCUUCAUGACGGUGACGGACAAGAACAACCAUACGACCUUGUCGGUCCCCCCGGUGUUCACUAGCGUCACGGUCUCGGAGCUGCCCGAUGGCCAAUUUACCAGCAUCACGCACGUCAUCGCGAACCCGACGGGCAUUUACGGCGUGCAAGUCGAGAACCAGAAGGGCUUCUUUGCCAAUAGCGGCGUCGUCGCCGGGGUAUUCCUCGUCGUGGGUGUUGUCGUCGCGUCCUUCGUCGUGGGCAUCUGCCUCUUCAUGCGCCGUCGCCGCCGCCCGCGCUUCAUCGACACGAUUUCGCGUCCGCUACCCAUACCCGACAACCCGUUCGAGGAUCCGCGUCCCAUCUCCCCGCCUGAAAUGCGCUACCGCUCGAGCUUCUCGGACAGCACUAUCGUCAUCGGCGCACCCCCCAGCCGUUCGAGCGCCUCCCCGCGGUCUCCACGCAGCCCUUUCGAGUCGCGCCAGCACCAGCGCAGCCCCUCAGGCCAGUCGUCUGGCAGCGCCUCCCGCCUCAUGGGAUUGGGCCUCGCAGGCGUCGGCGCACACGGCCGUUCCGCGAGCAUGGGCUCGGCAGAGGCAGCGCGUUCGCGCCACCAGAGCGGGCAGAGCGGCGUGAGCGGCGUCGGACUUGCGAUCACAUCCGACCAGCGCGUCGACAACAACGUGCGCUCGCGCCGCGAGCAGACCUCCGCCUCGGCACGCUCCUCACCGUCCGUAUACCCUCCCACGCUGCCGUCGAUUCACAACGAGGACAUAGGCGAACUCGUCGACGUUCCACUCAACCGGUCCGGCAGCUCCCACAGCAUACACUCCGUCACACGCAAGCCCGUACCCAGUCCCGAGCCUGAGCUCGAGCUCGAGCUCGAGCACGCGCCAGUCAUCUCCCCGACGCCGCGCCCGCCCCAGCAAAUCACCACGAGGCCGCCCAUCAUUCCACCGAGGAGCCCACUCCGGACCAGCCUCACGACGCCCACGCAACCGCUCUCCCCACCGCCAUACAAACGGCCAGAGGUGCCCCCGCGUCCACCGCGGGACUCGUUGACGCUCGAGAUGGAGACGAUCGUACUGAAGGCAUUCGAGCCGCUCACGCCGCCGACUUCACUCUCGUCGCUCUCUCCGGCGGGCUCGAACGCAGGGCACGAUGCACCGACCCCAAUAUCGCCCAGCACGUCAUCCUCGCACGCGAACCCGUUCUCGGACGCGUAUGAGCGGCAGCUGGCGCAGGCGGGCCCGCCGGGGAUCGUACCGGGCCAGGGCUGGGGACUACCCCUCAGCCCCCGAAAGGAUACAUUCUACACGCGCAGAAGCGGAUCUCAGCGCCGGCCUAGUGUUGAGUGGAAGGCCUAAGGGCGGAUCCGCUGUGUCCGUGCCGCCUGAUGUCACUUGACUUCCGAGCUACACUCUUACUCCCUGACGUGCUUCCCCUUCCCGUACCACGUCCUGUAUCAUUAAUACGCAUACAUGCGUCACCUCGGUCCACAUCCCCAAUAUGAC